AUGAAAAGUCACUUUAUUGCCAUUGUUUUCUGCCUUGCUCUACUUGUCAAGAUUAAUGUCUCGUCAGCCUCAUCUGAACUACCAAAGGUGUACAUAGUUUACCUGGGAGAGCAUGCUGGAGACAAAACAUUCCAAGAAAUUGAAGACGUUCAUCACUCGUAUUUGCACUCCGUUAAGGGAUCGAGAGAGGAAGCCAAAGCGUGCGUCGUUUACAGCUACAAAAACGUCAUCAAUGGCUUCUCCGCCGUGCUCACCCCCGAUGAAGCUCAUCAAAUAUCAAGUAGUGCAAUAUGCAUGAAACAUAUGCAUGAAACAUAUAUUAUAUAUAGAAAGAUAUAUUCAUGA